UGAAGCUAUUCUUCAUGUCUUAGUAGGGUCACUCCUUUGGGAUACUAAGCGAUAGUGUUGUGCUGAGGGAAUUUAAAGUUUAAAGUCCCCAUAAUGAUCAAGAGUUUAAACUCAGUUAUGCAUUGACAAGAUUAAGAGCCCUCGAAUCCCACUCCAAUCCGACAUGUCACUCACUUCAAACGCCGUCGCGACCUUUCUAGCCCAAGGCCAAAUCCCUCCUAAAGGCCAAUCCAUGAUUUUGAAGGUCCUAGGCUCCAAAACUUUGUCUGUGCCCGAUCUGAAAUAUCGGCUCGCCGUUUCCGACGGCAAAGAUCGAUUCAACUCGAUUGUGAUGAUCUUGCCGAAUCCCUCGGCAAUGCCAAAGAAGCAUGACAUUCUCGAAUUCAACGAUUCAUUCAAGAUCAAUCCAGAGAAGCCGGAUAAUAUGAUGGUGACCAAGGAUGGUCGCAACAUCUGGAUUGUUUAUAACUUCAAAAACCUAUCUUUGACCUCUUCCAAUCCUGCCACACCCGUUCAUGGGGCGUCUAAUGGACAUACCAGCGCUUCCACCUCUACCCCUCCACACCCACCCGUGAAAAGGAUGGGCGAGGGAACGCCCGGACCUUCAUUGGUCUCGGCUAAACGGUCUUUGUUCAAUAGUCAGGUGGAUAAGGCCACCUUGGAAAUUAAGAGCCUCAAUCCUUAUCAGAAUAAGUACACGAUUCGAGCCAGGGUCACACAUAAAGGAGAACUACGAUCCUGGAGCAAUUCCCGCGGUCAAGGAAAGGUUUUUAACGUCACGUUCGAGGACAAAAGCGGGGACAUUCAGGCUACUGGUUUCAACGAUCAAGCCGAGAAAUUCCACCCCUUAUUGGAGGUGGGCAAGGUGUUCUAUUUGAGCCAUGCCCAAGUCAAGCCCGUCCAUAAUCGAGCUUUCAACCAAACCUCGCAUAACUAUGAGUUGACCUUAAACCAGAACUCGCUUUUGGUUGAAUGCUUGGCCAAUACGGAUGAUGUGCCCACAGUAAGUUAUCAAUUCACUCCCAUUCAUGACAUCAAUUUUAAGAGCGAUAAGGACGCUGUGGAUGUCUUGGGCGUGUGUUCCAAAGUGAGUGAACUCCGUGAAGUGAUUGGCAAGAGCACGGGGAAGGCCUUGAAAAAACGAGAUGUGACUUUAAUGGACGAAAACGAAAGCACCAUCUCGUUGACUUUGUGGCAAGAUCAGGCCGAGACUUUCGAAGGGUUGCACAAAAUUGUGACUUGUAAGAACGCCGUGGUGUCCGAUUUUAAUGGAAAAUCCCUCAGUGCCUCUUUCAAGAGUCGACUGGAAGUGGAAAACCUGGACUUGCCCGAGGCUCAAGCUCUUCGAAAGUGGUUCGACUCCAAUAAUAUGGCCCGAAAAACGGCAGCGAUGAGUGGAACACCGCAAAGUGGCAACAUCGAUCAAUUGCAUGAUGAGUUCACAAGUUUUGGCAUGAUCAACCUGGAAUUCAUGGGCACCCAAAUCAAUGCCAGGUACUACAAUGUCGAUGCCGUCAUUGCCCAUCUCAAUGGGGACAAACUAACGUACAAGGCUUGCACCGAAGACAAUUGUAAGGCCAAGGUCACAGAAUCCGGCAGCAACACAUAUUUCUGCAAAAAAUGUGGAAAAAGCGAUUCCAAGUUCACGUAUCGGUACUUGAUGAGGGGUCACGCUUUGGACGUAACCGAUCAUCAGUGGUUCACUGCAUUUGAUGAAGUGGCCAGUGAGAUUAUGGGCCUUUCGGCAACUGAACUCAUGGCUUUGAAGGAUCGAUCUGACGCUGAUUUUGCCCGAAAACUCGACUCUAUUCAAUACGAGAGAUAUUUGUUCCGUGUCAAGUGCAACAUGGAGACCUAUAACGAUGAGAAUCGUUUAAAAAUGGUCAUUUUAAAAGCUGCCAAGGUUGAACCAGGAAGCCCUGCACAUAUUGAGAGGCUUCGAAAUGCCCUCAAAGAUGCCUAGCUCUAUAGGCAAGGUACCUUCUAAAGAACAUUUCGCCACAUUUUACUUUCGCCUUCAGGGGAUUCCUCCCGCUCAUGAAAAUUGUUUUAUGUAUGACAAUAAAUUACUAUAUUCUUUCA